UGGAGGGGUUACGAUGAUAGCGAUAAUGACGGGAGUUGUACGAUAUGUAAAAGAAGUUUACAUUUAGUGAUUCGGUAAAAUCGUAGCCGAGCGGCCGACCGGCUAUAAGGACACGGUAGCUUGCUUAGUGUAUUAUAAUGGUGUACAUACUUACGAGACUCGAACGUUCUCGGCAGCUUUUCUAUCAGUCAAGUCAAUUGUGACCGCGUCAUAGAAAACAUCGGGGACACUCGAUAUUAUGCGGCCCGACCAAGAGAACAUUAUAAAAAGAUCACAAUUAUGAUGCCGAUGGUGUACACAGUGUAUGGUUUCGCCAUAUUUUUUAUGCUAGCAUUUCUGUUUAUUUGGACAAUUCACAUAGUGGCGUUAUCGUAUUCGAAAUGGAAGCUACAUCGGACGGUGGACCGGUCGCCGCCAGAGCAGCCUUAUCCCGGCGUCUCGAUCCUGAAGCCGUUGACCGGCGUGGAUCCGAACCUGUUCUCGAACCUCGAGACCUUUUUCACGCUGGAUUACCCGCUGUACGAGCUUCUGUUCUGUGUCGAGGACGAGCACGACCCUGCUGUGAUGCUCGUACAUUCCUUAAUGCAAAAGUAUCCUAACAUAGACGCGCGGCUGUUCACGGGCGGCGUGCGGGUCGGCGUGAACCCGAAAAUUAACAAUAUGCAGCCGGCGUUUCUGGCCGGGAAGUAUCCUCUAGUCCUCGUGAGCGACGCCGGUAUCCGGAUGCGAGACGACACGCUGCUCGACAUGGUGCAGCACAUGAAGGACGACACUGGCAUAGUGCAUCAGAUGCCGUUCGCGUGCGACGCGGAUGGAUUCGCCGCGGUGUACGAGAAAGUGUUUUUCGGGACCGCACAAGCCCGUAUGUACUUGGCAGCAGAUUUUCUAAGGAUAAACUGCCAUGUGGGGAUGUCGUCGCUGGUGAGGCGCUGCGCGCUGGAGGAGUGCGGUGGUCUAGCGACGUUCGGAGAAUAUUUGGCGGAGGACUUCUUCAUAGCGAAGGAGGUAACGUCGAGAGGGUGGAAGAUGCGCGUGUGUUCGCUGCCGGCGCUGCAGAACUCGGGGACUCGGUCGGUGGGGCAGCUGCAGGCGCGGCUGACGCGCUGGGCGCGCCUGCGGAUAGCCAUGGUGCCGACGACGACGCUCAUGGAGCCGCUGAGCGAGUGCCUGCCGCUGGGCGCGGGCGCCGCGUGGGCCUCCGGCCAGCUGUUCGGCGCGGAGCCCCUCCCCUUUUUCCUCGUCCACAUCCUGCUGUGGUUCCUCUCGGACUGGCUCAUGUUACGUACAGUGCAGAACGGCUCGCCGCCGUUCACUAAAGUGCAAUUCUUAGUUGGUUGGAUAUGGAGUGAGUGCUGUGCGCCGUUCAUUCUAUUCGCUGCGUUCUUGAACCCAGAGAUCUCGUGGCGGACGCGGAGCUACCGGCUGGACUGGGGUGGGAAGGCCCACGAACUGAAACCUAAGCUCAAAUUCUGAGCGUCCUCUGUUAAAGCUUUAAUUCGGGUGCAGUGUUAACUGCGAGUGCUGCAAGCUUGAGUGAGUUGUAUUAUUAUAAUAAGUUUUUAUUCCU